AUGGCAGAUGACUCGUUCUUUCUUUAUGGAAUGGGGGAACGGCCCGAGGCCCUGACCUUGGGUUCCUUGGUUCUGGAGAAGUAUUGGCAGCCAAUGAAUGCGCGGCAUUAUACUCACGAGCUUUUGAGUGACAACGCUCUACGUGAGCACGCCCACACAACCGACAUCACCAAUGUCGUCUUCCACGGUUCUUCUCGUCUUACACCUUCCAUCGGCUUAGAUGCCGCUGAUAUCGUGAAUCUCCACCUCGCCUAUAAUAAAGACUCUGAACGAAUUGUUACCGCUGAGAAGGGAACCCGAAUCGUACUCAAAGACCCAGAAGUCUUCCUGACUCAAAACGUCUUAAGCAAUGAAACAGCACGACAAAAACUCAAAUUGUGGCUCUCGGCCGCAUACAGUGAUUUUGUCGUCCGCUUUAAAUUCGCCCGUCGGCCAAAAGUAUGGAUGCUUACAGGCUUGUAUCUUCUAGAGGAUACCAGCAUGGUAAUCUCAAGGGGUCACUCCUCCAAGGUAUCUGUGGGUGCUUCCUCUGCAAUCAUUGGUGCUGUCUCUGGUGUGCCGGUUGGUGGAUCUGUGAGUUUGGGUGUUGGGUCGCAAUGGGAGAUGACUAUGCAAGUAUCCGAACCGCAUGUGUGGGCCGCGCAGUUCCGCAUGCUGGAUGCGAAAUUUCUUAAGGUUGGGAAGGGGGGCUUGGGGGAUGUGAAACUUCCGUCGUCGAUGGGGCUUUAUCGGGAUAUCAUGUCCGUUAACACGACUCGUAAUGGUGGAGGAAGGGAAGUUGAGCUUGGUUUGAACCGGGAAGGUGAAGAUGAGGAAACCAAGGAGCAGCAGGAGGGAAGUAUUGAUGAUCAGGAGGGGAUGGAGGCGGAGGAGUAUGAGAAGCAGCUGGAGAUGGCUAUUAAGCAUUUUGAGAAGGCGCCGAAACACUUUUUGCAAUGA